AUGACAAAAGGGUUUGUAGGAAACUUAGAGCUCAGUUCGUUGAUCACUUGCUUGAAGAAAAUCGUAAUACCAGCCAUCAUUGUUGAGAUGGGUCUGGACAUAGAGAAGCAAUUAACUUUAGAGUUUGGAUAUUCUGUGGCUAUUGGUUCUGCAUUGGCUUCAUGUUUCAACUAUUUAGCCUCAUAUCAUGUUGUGUGGGGGUGGAAGUUUUCUAAAGGAAUUGUUAUUCCACUUGCGUUUCUCGUAUUUGUCGGCUCAUUCUACAUUUAUGAGACGCCGUUCUGGUUGAUUGAGCAUAGAAGACAAACUGAAGCUAAACUUGUGCUAAAAAAAAUGAGGUGCGCAGUGAAUGUGGAUGUUAUAUAUGAUGAAAUUGAAGAGAAGGUGUUAAGACGUACAGUUGAUAGUAAUGUCCGAGAAGUAUUUCAUCGGCGAAGCCGUCCAUCUUUAGUUAUCACUAUUGUAGCUAAGAUAUUAGUUCAAUUGUUGGAGUUUUCUGUAUACACCAACUAUGGACCGUUUCUGCUACGAUCAUUGGACUACGAGUCUGAUGAAGUUUUUCUUUUUCCGGUUAUAUUUUCAUCUCUGAGCGUUAUAGUCGCAUUUAUUCAGCCAUUGAUUUUUAUGAGAUUCGGAAGGAGGAGGUCUCUUAUUAUAGCAUCGUUCCUCAUGCUUUAUUCUCUGUUCUUGUCUCCUAAAACAGAGAUCAUAAAACCUACAAAGCCUACUAAAACUGAGAUCGUAGAAGUCUACAAAGCCUACUAA